UUCCGCCCUGGUAAGCGAGAAAGAAGAUGGCGGCGAUCAAACUGCUAACGCUUGCCUUGGCCGUACAAGCCGUAAGGUCCGAUUUUACAGUGUGUACGCUUCUCUAUCGUGAUGGCGUCUGUUACGAAGGAGGAUGUCCAAGGGGAACUGUCAAGCAGGCUGAUACGUUUUUUCAACUUCGUAUCUUGCAGAACCGGCUUUGACUGUUGUACUGGAACACCGGUGGCCAGUUGUGCGAACGAGGACAACUGUGGUGUAUGGGGACCUACUGCUCGAUUAGCGUUUUCUGCGGACGACAAACCAAAGCAAGCCCCCUGGCAGGCAUCACUUCGACGCAUGAAUGGUCCCAAUCUUCCCAAAACCCUGGCUAAUUCACUUCAUAGCGCUGGCGGAGUUCUUUUCCAAAAGAACUGGGUUCUCACGGACUGUGCAGCACUUAUGAGUGUAGGAAGACGUGACGUAGACGAAACAUAUCAAGAUAGAAUGAUUGUUGUUUUGGGUGAAUACAACAUCGCAGCUCCCGAAGUCUACAAUAACGUUCAGCAGGAACAGAUCCGUCAAGUGAAGAACGUGUAUUUUCAUCCAUCCUACAAAUACAACGUCACGUCAACGUUCGGAGACGUUUUGAUCGACUACAGCGCCACGAACAACCAGGAUCCUUUUCAAGCCAACUCCUUCUGUAUGAUUGAGUUAACUGAAUCAGUCACGUACAAUGAUUGGGUGAGGCCAAUAUGUCUACCGAGAUCAAAUGUAUGCAGCCAAAUUGAGUCCUGCCGAGUUACUGGAUGGGGAAUAACGGAAGACGAAAGACUGAAGGACCUUCUUCAAGUCGCCUAUCUAAACUCAUUCAGCAAAGCUGCAUGUGAAGCGAUUGCCUAUUACACCACAGCUUCCAACGCAUCGUUCCCUAGCAACACCAAAUGUGCCCAAAACAUAGCUACUACAUACUCUUGCGUGGGUGACUACGGGGGACCAUUUGCCUGUGAUGACCCCACCAACAAUUACAGAACCACCCUGCAAGGUGUGAUGACCACUCGUAUCCCGUGUGAGAGCAGCACCAUUCUCGUAUCGGACGUUCCUAAUGUUGUUAACUGGGUUUGGGACACGUGUACCGCCACCUUGUAAACACACCGAGGAUAUCCUCAGCCCCCAGCAUCUUCAAAGUCUUUCAGCGGAAUUACGGACAGUUUGUAAUUGUAAUCAAUGACGAAAGAUGUUUCAAUAUUGAACUUUUACUCAUAAAUUCUUUUGUUUCCUUUUAUUUGUUUCUUUUGUGUACGUUUUCAGAAACACACAAAACAAUCUCUGGAUAUGGUCAAUGACCUUCUCCAAUACAGCCAGUACAUGUAUGUACGAUUCCUCACAUUUAGAUUGAAAUGCUUCGUAUGCACAUGUGUAAAUUAAAACCCUUGACAUUUAUAAGUGAA